CAUUAAAACAUACAAAACGCUCCAUACCCGGCUCACUUCCACAUCUACAGACUCCAUCAGCGGUCCUGCUCCUCUCUCUCCUGUGUGGUUCAUCUCCCAAACUAGCCAUCAUGGUUUCCCAUAAAGAGUUUGUGGGUGCGGGGAAGGAGCCGGGGCUGCAGGUGUGGCGUAUCGAGAACAUGGACCUGAAGCCGGUUCCCAAGUCCCUGCACGGCAGCUUUUACACCGGGGAUGCAUACCUGCUGCUCUUCACCACCGCAGCACCUUCGUACAACAUUCACAUGUGGCUGGGGGACGAGUGUUCACAGGAUGAGAGUGGAUCAGCGGCCAUCUUUGCCACACAGCUGGAUGACUUCCUGGGUGGUGGACCAGUGCAGUACAGGGAGGUGCAGAACCAUGAAUCCAACACCUUUCUGGGGUACUUCAGGUCAGGCAUCAAGUAUCAGAAAGGGGGUGUGGCCUCAGGUUUUCAGCAUGUGGUGACCAAUGACAUGAACGUGAAGCGCCUGCUGCACGUCAAGGGUCGGAGGGCCAUCAGAGCAACAGAAGUGGACCUGUCCUGGGGCAGCUUCAACAAGGGCGACUGCUUUAUUAUUGACCUGGGAAAGGACGUCUAUCAGUGGUGUGGCAGUGAGUGUAACCGGUUCGAGAGGCUGAAGGCCUCUGAGGUCUCCAUCGACAUCAGAGAUAAUGAGAGAAACGGCAGAGCCAAACUGCACAUGGUGGAGGAGGGGGAAGAGCCAGCAGCAGUCAUAGAGGCUCUGGGUCCUAAAUCCGCCAUUGCCCCCAGUACUCCUGAUGAUGACAAGGUGGACACCUCCAACAGGAAGAAGGGUGCCCUCUACAUGAUCUCUGAUGCAUCUGGUUCGAUGAAGGUGUCAGCUGUGGCUCCAUCCAGUCCCUUCAAACAGGCCAUGUUGUCUCCUGAGGAGUGCUACAUCCUGGACAACGGGGUGGACAGGAACAUCUUUGUAUGGAAAGGUCCCAAGGCCAACAUGUCAGAGCGUAAAGCAGCCAUGUCCGCAGGUCAGCAGUUCAUCAAAGACAAGGGAUACUCCAACAAGACACAGAUCCAGGUUCUUCCUGCAGGAGCCGAGACGACUCUGUUCAAGCAGUUCUUCAGCGACUGGAGGGACAAGGACGAGACUACAGGCCCCAGCAAAGCCUUCACCAUCGGCCGCAUAGCCAAAGUGGAACAGGUGCCAUUCGAUGCCUCCACCCUGCACUCAAACAAAGUCAUGGCAGCUCAGCACGGCAUGGUGGAUGAUGGCAAGGGCAAAGUCCAGUCUUGCUUUAAGAUCUGGCGAGUGGAGAACGGUAAAGAUGUGCCCGUGGAUCCCUCCUCCUAUGGUCACUUCUAUGGUGGAGACUGUUACCUCAUCCUCUACAGCUACAGACAGGGAGGCCGGGAGCAACACAUCAUAUACACCUGGCAGGGGCUGAAGUGCACACAGGAUGAACUGGCAGCCUCAGCAUUCCUCACAGUGAAGCUGGAUGACUCAAUGGGAGGAUCCCCAGUUCAGGUGAGAGUGACUCAGGGUCAGGAGCCUCCGCACCUGAUGAGCCUGUUCCAGGGCAAACCCAUGAUCAUCCACAGCGGAGGAACGUCACGCAAAGGUGGACAGUCGCAGACCAGCAGCACUCGCCUCUUCCACAUCCGACAGAGCUCUUCCCGUGCCACCCGGGCUGUAGAGGUCGAGGCCACUGCAUCCAAUCUGAACACCAACGAUGCGUUUGUGCUGAAAUCCCCGAGCGCCAUGUUUGUGUGGCGGGGAGUGGGUGCCAGUGAUGAGGAGAUGGAGGCUACCAAACAUGUGGUGGGCUUCCUGGGUGGCAGUGCCAGCCCUGUGUCAGAGGGCAAAGAGCCAGCUGAUUUCUGGUCUGCUCUUGGCGGCAAGAAGGAAUACCAGACCUCCAAGAGUCUGCAGAACGUGGUCAAACCUCCACGUCUGUUCGGCUGCUCCAACAAGACUGGAAGACUCAUUGUUGAAGAGGUACCAGGAGACUUCACUCAGUCAGAUCUUGCCACUGAUGACGUCAUGAUCUUGGAUACCUGGGACCAGAUCUUCCUUUGGGUUGGCAACGAGGCCAAUGCAGAGGAGAGGAAGGGCGCUCCCAAAAUAGCAAAAGACUAUGUAGACUCAGACCCGUCUGGUCGCAGUGGACUUCCCAUCACCACCAUCAAACAGGGAGCAGAGCCUCCAACUUUCACUGGCUGGUUCCAGGCUUGGGAUCCCAAGAUGUGGGAGACAGAUCCAUUCGACAGAAUCCGUGCUCGUUUCUGAACUCAAAACUCCAGGCUCUUUCCCCCAGUCUGACUUCUUACGUAUCCAGCACUUCCUGUUGCCACUUUGUUUAUCUUACCUCCAAUCCCUAAGUGCCAAAACCAAUGUUAUCACUGUAAUCAGGUUGAAUGGCUGCCUCUAUGCCUUGGUCUCGAUGCAGUGCACUAGACUCCAUAAACUGGAAUGCAUCACAUCAGGAGACAAAUGACUUCCUCUUGUAGCAUUGUCUUGAACUGAUAGAAGUGGUUUGGUUGUCUGUUGCAUCCAAAGCUUGUCACCUUCAGCAAAUACCCACUGAGGCUCUCUAACAUGAAUAGGAAAUAGGAAAGGAAGGCAUUUUUGACAGCUGGAUAUGUUAUCUGUUUCUCUGCUUUCUUUCAUUGCAGUACACUUGUGUUCAGAGGACACCAUCAUGCUUUCCUUUUUGUCUGUCAAAACAGUCAAUCUGUUUUUCCAUAAUGAGCUAGUAUGUUUGAUAGAAACAGUUUACUGCAUUACUACACUGUGUCUACAUGUGUUGUGUUUUUUCAUUGGAAUAUGGAUGUUGCACACUUAUUAGAAGUUGCAUGCUGCGUUUUUUUUAAAAUCAUAUUCUGUGCUUGUGAAUUUUAAAAUGCGUACAGUGGUAUGCACACGUCAUUAGUGGCUACUCUUCAUGAAAUGUCCCUGAAAUGCUCUUGUGGAUGGCUUUUAAAUAAAACUCCCAGGAUUUCAAA